CGGUCGAUGACGAAGCAGACAGAACGGAGGGUGAUAUUAUAGGCAACCAGCCGGUCUAUACACUCUAUUGUUAAGUUUUCCUUUUCAUUCGUUUUUUUUUUGCAAUAUAUAUCCGUGCUGCAGAGCCAUCAGAAGGCUUCGGACUUAGUCGCGUAUAACUAUUACAUUAGUGUAAAACAUCAGCACACCAAAAAAAUAAUAAUUUUUUUUUUUGCUUCGACACAACAAAUGGAUUUUCUGUUUAAUUCGUGGAUUCAUCUGUGUAUGAUAUUCAAAGCAAAGUCAAUAAUUUGUGAUGUUCAUGCGACAAUAAGAAUUUGUGUUAGAAAUUAAUUUCAUAUCAAAUGCGGUUGUGCUUACUAAUUAAUUAAAAAAAAGAGAGAAAAAAAAUUUAUUUCUUGUGAAUUUCGUCAGACUUCAAUCCUUGAAUCUGUGCAUUUUGUGAAUCGAAAUCUGUGAGUUGCAUAUAUUUUCAGUUGGUGUAGCAUGAGGACCUGAAUCUUGGAAAACAAUGUUAUUUUAUGAUGUCACAUUUGAAUUUGGAAAUUGCGUAACAAAAACCAGUCAAACUGGAUUGUGAAAUGUCACACUGCUCCUGCUCAGAUGCACGAGCCAGUGCAUUUGACCCGCUCGCCAUGGUUACUAAAUUAUGGAACAGUUGCUUUCACGGAUUAUCCUCUCAACAAGUGUAUCGUCACAAUUUCUACCUUUGUCAAUGGCAACGGGAUCAAGAUGUGGGCAUCUUGUAUUUAAUAUAUCGAUGGCUGUCGGCUAUAUUAUUCCUUGCUGUACUUAGCUGCUCGUUAUUGGACAUCGGUAGAACGGAUGAACCGAGAUAUGAGCACCACUAUGCCAAGUGGUGGAUAUAUCUGACGCAUUGGGGAUUAGUGGCCUGUGCCGUACAGGCUUGGCUAGGAGCGUGGAUUGUAACGCAAGGCAUGAUGGUAGAUAGAGAUGAUUAUGGAAACCAGCGGCAAGUUAGAAAGAGUUGGUUCCACAGGGCUUACUGGAUCUUAUACACCAUUGCGACGGUGUAUUCAUUUAUUAUAACCAUUUGUUAUUGGACCGUUGUGCAUAAUCCAGAAAUAAAUAAAAUCGAUGCGGUUAAUCUCAUGGUGCAUGUGUUCAAUUCCAUAAUUAUGUUAAUUGAUUUAACAAUUGUUGGACAUCCGAUUAAGCUCAGUCAUGUUACCUGGACGAUGGGAAUUGGUUUAGUUUAUUCUAUUUUUACGGCAAUUUAUUUCCUGUCUGGCGGCACUACAAGAAAAAAUACGGCUUCCAUUUAUCCGUUGCUAGAUUGGAGCAAACCGGGCAAGUCAAUAGUCGUCUCGGCGGCUGGUAUCCUCUUCGUAUUUGUUGUGCACUUUUUAGUUUAUUGUAUGUAUCGUUUACGAGUUUGUAUAUUCACGAACAUUUGUGUAAGGCAUCACGACGAUAAAGAUAAAAGCCGAAUGGGCAUGCCAAGGACCAUAUCGUCGGCGGAAAGUGGCCAAAAGGAACAUUUUUUGAAUUCCAAUACGGUUGUAGAAUUAAAAAUUUAAGCAAUUCCGGUUCGAAUAUUAUUGUCAACCGACAGCAAAAAUGAAAUUGAUAUUUAAAAAACAAAAGAAAUAAAUAUUUAAAAAAAAAAAAAAUGUUAAAAACUUUUAAAAACAAUAUUUGGGUGAUCCUAAGAAAGUAUUAAAAAGAAAAAUUAAAUUAAAAGAAAAAGAAAAUUAAUUUAGGACGAAUUAUAACCUAACACAUAUAUAUAGUGACAAAA